AUGACUGUCCACUCGUCGCCACACCGCCGCAAUAGAAGCAGGCCAACCCCGCUGCCCAAGGCCCAGCUCGCCAUUAUAUACGCCAUUAAACUUACGCUUCCCAUCGCAAACACCCAAACGAUGCCCUACUACAAUAUCCUCAUAGAGAAGCUGGCAGCCUCUGAAGGUGCAGAGACAGGCUACUACAGCGGUCUCGCACACAGUGCCUUCGCUAUCGCGGGGUUCAUCAGCAUGUUCUUCUGGGGGCGUGUCUCCGAUAGGUGGGGUCGUGUACCCGUCAUCUUCUUGGGCACCGCGGGGACCGCAGUCUUCACGCUGCUUUUUGGACUAUCCACGACCUUCAGCUCGGUGCUCAUCAAUCGCAUGCUAGCGGGAUUCUUCCACAGCAUCACCGGCGCUAUCCACUCCGUGGUCGGGGAACUCUCCGACGAGACGAAUCAGUCAACCGCAUUCCCGCUCUACGACAUCGUCUCGGCGCUCGGAUUCGUUAUUGGCCCCCUGAUCGGAGGGACAUUCGCCGAUCCCGCGAAAGAGUGGCCAGACGUGUUUACGAACCCGCUCUGGAAGACGUACCCGUACCUCCUCCCAUGCCUCAUCACCACCGGUGUCUCGACUGUCGCCGCCCUGCUCUCCGCGUUCGCCCUCCAAGAGACCCUGCCCGGAAAGCGCAAGAACAAGUCCCCUGUGCUCGAGGAAGAGCCCCUGCUCGGGCCCGAGUCCUCCGCGACGGUGAUUGACGUUCCACCGACGCUCGAGGACCUGCAGCCGCUCAGCGUGCGCCACCUGCUCUCGAUCCCCGUCCUCCGCGCGGUCAUCGCGUCCAGCGGCGCGCUCGGGCUCGCCGGCUCCUGCUUCACCAACAUCUUCGUCCUCAUGGCGUACACGCCCAUUCGCCAGGGCGGGCUCGCCUUCUCCCCCGCUCAAAUCGGACGCGCGAUCUCGAGCAUGGGCGCGGUGUCGAUCCUGCUCAAACUCUGCAUGCCGAAGCUCCUGCGGCGCUUCGGCACGCUCGGCAUGUUCGACUUCGCCAUGCUCGCCUGGAUGGCGACGUUCGCCGCCAUGCCCCUCGCGUCGCUCGUCGCGCAGAGCGCGGCCGCCGCGGGCGUGCCGCUGCUGCGCGAGGCGUCGACGCGUGAGUGGGUCGCCGUCGCGGUACCGCUGUUCCUCUCGCGCUUGGGGUGUCUUGCGUUUUCGAUUAUCAUGAUCCUUACGAGGGACCACGCGCCCGGCUCCGCGUCGCUGGGCACCGCGAACGGGCUUGCGGAGCUCGCGCAGUCGCUCGCGAGCACGGUCGGGCCGACAUUCGCGAGCUCGCUCUUCGCGGUCUCCGCGUCGAAGCAUCUCCUAGGUGGACACCUCUGGGUCUUGUUCAUGUUAUUACUCUCCGUGUUCAACUGCUGGGUCGCGCGACGCAUCCGGCAUUAUCGCGACUGA